AUGCCGUCCGCAGUAGAACUUGAGUCCCCGGCCGUGGACGUCCCGACGAGUCAACCCAAGCUCAAGUCCACCUCUCCUCCUCCUCUUCCAGUCACUGUCCCUUCUGUGUCCCUGACUGCCGGCGUGGACGCAGCCGCUCUAGAGACAGCCUCCAAGGUCCUUCACAUCAUCGACCGGUACCGUCUCAAGCGACCGAUCGAUGCCGAAGUCAAACGUGAUGAAGGCGCCCUCAAAUUCCUCGCCCUCAUCUACACUCAUGUCAAAGCUGGCGAGGCAGUGCCCAUGUGCUUGCCCGCUUUUCCUUUCAAGUCACCGAACUCACAGUCCAAAGUGCUUGGCAAGCUUCCUGAUAGAGCAGAGGAACUCGCUCUGGCACACCUCCACGGCCUUUGUCUAGCCAUCCAAGACAUUUACCCUCCAGGGGCGAAUCUCACCAUCAUCUCCGAUGGCCUGGUAUACAAUGACUUGCUUGGAGUUCCAGACAGAGAUGUGUGGCACUACGGAGAGACCCUCCGAGCUAUAGCCAGGGCUAGGGGAUACAAACACAUUUUCUUCUCGCGUCUUCGAGACCUUGUGGCGAUCCAGCUACCCGAGCAGCUUGACGAGAUGACAUAUGUUGCAAACGCGUCAAACUUCCGGCGAGCACUUCUUAAUACCUUCAGCCGCCCCGACUGGGACUGGAAGACGGUCAGCCAAACCGAGGAUGUCUGUUUGACAUACAGAGGAUACAUCAAGUUCCUGGAAACGGAUCUCCAGACGGUGUAUCCCGUCGGAGACGACCGCAGCAAGACCAAGUACAAGCGAGGCAUCGAAUACAUUGCCCAGCAGAUGAUGGCCCGUGGUGAUGCAUUUGCCAGCGCAGUUCGACAAAAGUACAAGGAUUCAGUUAGGCUCUCAAUUCAUCCGUCCAAUAUGACAAACAAGCUUUCCAUCAGCUUGCUGCCCACCGACGCCAUCUACACCACUCCAUGGCAUUGCGCCGUCGCAUACCGGCUAGACGGAACGACGUCUACCGUUAUCCUGCGUGGCUUCGUCAAGAAGCCCAACAAGGACCAAUUCGCAAAGAAGGCGGAAGAGUUUGGCAAGCUGACGUCGUGGAAAUUUGGUCUCAUCUUGGAAGUCAAAGAUCGGGGAACGAACACUCAAGGCCUGAAUAACGUGCUCAGCAUGGAACCGAUGCCUUUCCACUAUGACGGCCUUUUCAAAACGGUUAAGCAAGUGGAUGACAAUGGCAAAGAGUCACUGGUCUCGACGCCGCCUCGGUUCCAAAUCUUCGUCGGAGCCACCUCAAGCCCUCGUGAUACGGGAUACACGCUGUUUUCGUCUUCGACACUGUUCCUCAAGCAUCUCCCAGACUGGCUUCAGCUCGAAGCGCUCUCAGAGAUGACUUGGACUGUUUCUACUGCCUCAUUUGACCAAACGGUUCUCAAGGGACUCCCACUAAUCACACCGCAUCCAGUGACAGGAAAGCCUUGCCUCCGAUAUCACGAGCCAUGGCCUCAACACAAGACCAAGUUCGAGCCCACAAAAGUCACCAUUGACGGGCUGGACGCCGCCGAUAGUGCGGCCAUCUGCGAGGCCAUCGACUCCGUUCUAUAUGACCGGAGAGUCGUCUACUACCACGUCUGGGACAAGGGCGACAUUGUAGUGAGCGACAACAUCUUGAUGAUGCAUACGAGAAGCGCGUUCCUGUCGGGAAGCGAUAGAGAGCUGUGGCGGAUCCAUUUUGACUGA